AUGAAAGACAAAGAGUUCCACAUAGUGCACAUUAUUGUUAACAAACGGUACAAUUUAAGUGAUACAGUUGGUGGUUGCGAAGAUGUAUUUGAAGAAAUUUUUGGCGAUGUAUUAUUAUCACGUUUUUAUCCAUCAUCGUUUAUAAAUCAAACUGGUGUGAAAUAUUGUCGAGGAAUUUUACUGUAUGGUCUACCAGGGACAGGGAAAACUUUAAUAGCAAGAACCAUAUGUCAAGUGUUGGGAACACAGCCGAAAAUAGUCAAUGGUCCUGAGGUCUUUAGUAGUUUGUUAGGUGAAUCCGAAGCAAAGAUACGAGAAUUGUUUAGUGAUGCUGAACUGGAUGAAAAAAAUAUUGGAGAAGAUAGUGGUCUACAUGUCAUUAUUUUUGAUAAGAUCGAUGCCAUAUGUAAACGACGAUCGGCAAAUGCCAGCUCAACGCGUGACACUGUACGAGACAAUGUUACCAGUCAGUUAUUAACAAAAUUAGAUGGAUAUUCUCAAUUGAACAAUAUCUUAGUGAUUGGAACAACCAAUCUUCGAGAAUCAGUUGAUCCUGCAUUAACAAGACCAGAUCGACUCGAAGUUACCAUAAAAGUUCAAUUGCCAAAUCGAGAUGACAAAACGAAAAGUUUUCAUAUUUACACAAAGCUCAAGUUACAGCAUCAUCUAUUAGAACAGAACAUUGAUAUUGAAAGAAUUAUUUGCGAUACACAUGGCUUGAUGGGGGCUCAUAUUGAACAACUAGUACGAAUAGCAAUAAAUAAUGCAUUAAUAAGAGGUCUGAUUGCACGUGAAACGCUGGAUGUGGAUGAAACAUCAGCAGAACAAACACAAAUUAAUAAUUCUGAUUUUACAAACGCAUUACGAAAAGCACGAUCAAUGGACAUGAUUUUUGCAAAGAAGAGGAACAUGAUUAACUCAAUCAUUUACCACACACGAUCAAUUAUUUUAUUAUUACGAUUGAAUAAGCUUAAUUAUUUUAUUCAAACUCUAUUUCUUAUUAUUUAA